AUGGGAUUGCUUCCACCUCAUUUAAGGCACCCGCCCAAAUAUAUGCUGGCAUGCAUUUUAUGCUCAGUGAAUGGAGUUCUUUUCGGAAUGGAUACGGGUAUCAUUGGCCCGGUUACCGACAUGAAGGAUUUCAAAGCCUCAUUUGGAGGUAGCCAGAACUCCACGAUACAUGGCCUUAUCGUCUCGUCUAUCUUGAUCCCCGCAGCUCUUUCUUCGUUUUUUGCUGGUCAUGUUGCGGAUCGACUCGGUCGACCCAAGGGCAUCAGCAUCGGGGUCUUUAUAUUCGGUGUUGGAGCCGCGAUAGAAGCAGGGGCAGUUCGACUGGCGAUGUUUAUCGUCGGCAGAGUCGUGGAAGGUCUAGGAGAAGGCCUUUUCAUUGGGAAUCUCGUGGUCUUGAUUUGUGAAAUCUCACCGACGAGCACCAGAGGUGCCCUAACGACCGGUCCACAGCUGCUCAUUACCCUCGGAUUGGUGAUCGGGUAUUUUGUAAGCUAUGGAAGUUCGAGCCUUGAGUCUUCACUUUCAUGGCGAGCACCAUAUAUCCUGCUUGCAUCUCUGUCUAUGAUCCUUAGCUGUGUUUCACUUCUUUGCUUACCCCAAUCACCAAGGUGGUUAGCCCUUCACGGUCAUCAUGCGAAGGCCGAGGAGGUAUGGGACAGCUUGGGUGUGAGUCGUGCAGAGCGCGAAAAGGUCGAGCUGCAAAUAGAGGUAACAGAGAUUGAAGUUCCCACGGAUCUUCCCAGACAGAGAAAUAUCCACAAGCUCCUUGAUAUCUUCUCUAAGGAUGUUUGGGCCCGGACCACCCUUGCCGUUUUUAUGAUGGGUAUGCAGCAGAUGAGUGGCAUUGACGGUGUGCUUUAUUAUGCACCUCUAUUAUUCCAAAAGGCUGGUCUUGCGUCGUCGGAAGCAAGCUUUUUAGCCUCUGGUGUUUCUGCGAUAGUGAUAUUUGGCGUGACUAUCCCAGGUUUACUUUACGCAGACCGAUGGGGUCGGCGACACAGCAUCAUUUAUGGCGGCAUUGGAAUGGGGAUUAUUAUGUUUCUCAUGGGCGGUCUAUAUGCCGGUAACGCAGUUCACAAAUCCAGCGGCGCUGGACGCUGGAUUGUGAUCGUCUCGAUCUAUAUUUUUGCAGCCUUGUACUCCGUGACCUGGGGCAUCACCAUGAAGGUCUACAGCGCUGAGAUCCAGCCUCAGCGAACUCGAGCAUCAGCCACCACAUUGGCUCAUUCAAGCAACUGGGGUUUCAACUUUUUGGUCGCUUUAACGACCCCAAUUCUACUCUCGAAGAGUAAUUUCGGGGCGUAUUUCUUGUUCGGUGGAUGUUGCAUUGCUACCGCCCUUGUCGGUGGGAUCUUCAUGCAUGAAACUAAAGGUCGAACUUUUCUUGAGAUUGAAGAGGCCUUCCAGGGCAAAACAAAGGGAUUGGGAAAAUCACUACGUUCACUUCGACACGGCAUGGUCAGAAGUUAA